GCCCAACUCUACUGAGUGCUAACCGUCUGAGUUAAGUUGUAUUUAGUGUUGCCACUGCGCUCACUGUUUGUCUUUGCGAGAACCGCAGUCUACUGCACUGCUUACCAGCUUCAGCAGCUAUUCACUUCACCGGAGGCGCCUCCCCUUCCGCCCAUAAUUCCAUUCCAUUCCUCCCUCCCUCCCUCCUUCCCACCCCCCCCCCCCCGCUCGAAAGUCCACCCUCCUCGCCCGGCUAUAAAGAGGGAGACGCAGCUCUCAGAGACCUCCCUCUCAGCGAAUUAUUUCCGGCUGUGGACCGGGCUUCCGCUCGCUCGUUGCCGAUUCUGGGGUUCUAUAUAGUCGGCUGUGUUCGACUGUUCGAUUCGGUACCGCUCAUGGAUAGGGAAUCGCAUAACCCGAUCAUGAGCUCGCGAGGGAUCGAGCUGGGCUCCACAAGCUCACGCUCGCACAAAAGCGCCCUCUCGCAAAGAUUCACGUCUGCGUUUCUGGCCUUUUCAGCUAGCGUUGUAUCCCAGGGGUUGAAGCAUGCGGAAGUGCUACUCGUCUCGGUGGCCUCAGUUUUCUCUCUCAGUGUGUUGGCCACGUUGUCGACGAUCCUGCGAGAGAAGAAUUCAGCGGUUUUUCACGGGGAGGGCGACGGACUUGCAUGGGUCAUAUCGAUGAUGGCAAUUGCAUGCAUUUCCACGGGCGCUGUACUCAUCGGCUGGUACGGUAAGGGCGGAGCUGCUUGGACCAGAGCUCGUCUGCAGAAGUUGCACAUUGCGCCGGGACCCAGAGGGAUUCCUAUCGUAGGCUGCGCAACGUACAUGCAGGGACUGGCGCAUCGGAAGCUCGAUAACCUGGCAAAGGAGCUCAAGGCCGAGAAAUUGAUGGCAUUCAGUGUGGGAUGCACUCCCGUCGUCGUUACAUCUGACCCCGACGUCGCUGCCGAAAUGUUGCGAGGCCAAGCUUUCCAGGAGAGGCCUUUGAAGCAAGCUGCCGAGAUGCUGCUCUUCGACAGGGCGAUGGGCUUCGCUGCACCCGGGCCGUAUUGGCUGCGUCUGAGAAAGAUCGCUGCGACGUGCCUGUUCUGCCCGAGGCAGAUCAAGGCGAACUUGCCCGUGCGUCAAUUCGAAGCUUCUCGCAUGCUCCACGCGAUCGCUGCAGCUGCAGGAAUCAGCCCAGAGAUGGAUACCAAUCGGCCCGUGCGACUUCGCUCGUACCUUCAGCGAGCGGCCGUAAACAACAUGACGCGCAUCGUCUUCGGGAAGAGGUACGAAUUCGGAGCCAACGAACAAGCUGAAAAGCUGGAAGGCAUGAUCCGCGAGUGCUUCGAGGCCCUGGGAGCCUUCAAUUACGCCGACCACUUCCCCGGGCUCAGGUUCUUCGAGAUGUUCGAUGUUGGAAAGAAGUUCGGAAAUCUGGUGGAGAGAGUGAAAGCUUACGUCCGAGAGAUAAUUGAGGAGCACCGAUCGGCGACCACUCGAGACUUCUCGGACGUGGACAUGGUGGACAUUUUACUAGCUCUGGAAGGGGAAGAUAAGCUCUCGGAGUGCGAUAUGAUAGCUGUUCUGUGGGAAAUGAUUUUCCGCGGCACGGAUACCAUCGCCGUAACCAUCGAGUGGGCUGUAGCGGAGCUUAUUCUCAACCCAGAAUGGCAAGAGAGGAUUCAUGCCGAACUCGACGCCGCCGUCGGCUGCAGCCGAAUGGUGGACAACAAGGAUCUUGAUAAGUUGCCAUCUUUGGUUGCAUUCAUAACGGAAACCUUCCGAUUACAUCCGGCGGGUCCUCUUCUGUCAUGGGCGCGGUUGUCAACCAAGGACGUGAGUUUGGCUGGCUACGACGUCCCCAAGGGAACUACAUGUAUGGUGAACAUGUGGUCCAUACUACGCAAUCAGAAAUAUCACGUAAAUCCCGACGUUUUUGACCCUUCGCGGUUCAUCGGGCGGGAAGGUGGGAAACCCAUAGAUGUUAGAGGAGGAGACUUGCGACUGGCUCCCUUCGGUUCGGGACGACGGAUAUGUCCCGGUAGAGAACUCGCACUGUCAGUCGUGCAGCUGUGGAUUGCGCGGAUGCUCCAAAAUUUCUCGUGGUCGUCCUCCGAUCGCAAGAUUGACCUUACUGAAGAUUUGAAGCUGUCGUGCGAGAUGUUGCAAUCGCUCGAGGCCGUGCCAACUCUUCGGGUGCCUUUGUUCACGUAGUCUAAAUUUUUUGAAAGGUGAAUCUCUCACAAAGAAGUCACUACAAUUUUGAUCCCGGAAAUUGGCCGCCGCGGGCUUCGCGGCGCAACCACGUUAUGCAUAGUAAAUCUUGACUAUGGCGGUUUUAUCGGUGCGCGGUGUAUUUUCCCACAUUGGAGAGAAUGAGGUUCAGGAAGCGACAAAAUAGAUAGGUUAGGGAAUUUUACAGUCCAGUCUGUUCCUAUCAGAGUAGUUGACAUUUCCAACAACCUGUGUAAAAAAGCGGUUUUGAUGUAUGAAGAGUUACAAUCUUUUGGUUACUACAAUCUCGCCAAAAACUUAGGCACUUGUCUGAUAUAUUGUCAUUUCUUAAAUGUAUCAUCGACUAUCCUGAAUGUUCUGCUUCUUCGGCACAAUUGAAUAUAUUCCAUGUCAUACUG